AUGUCACACGUAUCUCACGGCACAUAUCUUGUAUGGAGUUAGUUGAUAUUACUUGUAGAUAGAAGAGGCCUCCUUUCAGAUGAAAUGAUUGAAUAAUCUUACAAAUCCAUAAUAUAAAUUAAUUAUAGUUUCUACUUUAUUUUUUACGAUAUUAAAAUAGAAGAAUUUUGUAUAAAAUGAGUGAAAAAUUUAGUUUCGCCAUUGAUAGGGGUGGUACUUUCACAGAUGUAUUCGCUCUCUGUCCCGGUGGUAAAGUUAAGGUGAUGAAACUUCUUUCAGAUGACCCAUCCAACUAUAAAGAUGCCCCUCGAGAAGGAAUUCGUCGUAUUAUUUCAGAGUUAACUGGAAAAAAAUACUCUUCAGAAGAUCUUCUUGAUACAGAACAACUUGAUUGGAUUCGCAUGGGAACAACUGUUGCCACUAAUGCUUUGUUAGAAAGAAAAGGAGAAAGAAUAGCUUUGGUUAUAAGUGCUGGAUUUAGAGAUAUUUUGCAUAUAGGCAACCAAUCUAGACCAAAGAUAUUCAGUUUGGAGAUUUCCUGUCCAGAGAAUUUAUAUGAAGAGGUAAUAGAAGUUGAAGAAAGAAUUGUGUUACAUCAGGAUAAAUGUGAAAUUAAAAGAAGUGCUCCAGUUUUAAUAGGAACUACUGGUGAAAAUAUAAAAGUCUGGACUCCAUUAAAUGAAGAAAAGUUGAGGAAUGAUUUACAUUCUAUUCUAUCUAAAGGCAUCAAAAGUUUAGCAGUUGUUCUUAUGCAUUCUUACUUGUUCCCAGAUCAUGAAUUAUAUAUUCAAAAAAUUGCAAAAGAAAUAGGAUUUGAACAUGUUUCCCUGUCAUCAGAAAUUAUGCCCAUGGUACGAAUGGUUCCUAGAGGAGAUACAGCAUGUGUUGAUGCAUAUUUAACUCCUUGUAUCAAAAGAUACACUGAAAAUUUUUCUUCUGGAUUUAAAAACAAGCUAGAGGAAGUGAAUGUUCUGUUUAUGCAGUCAGAUGGCGGUUUGACUCCUAUGAAUUUAUUUUGUGGCUCUAGAGCCAUUUUAUCAGGACCAGCUGGUGGUGUUGUAGGAUACAGUAAAACAACAUUUGGGAAACAUUCGAAUUUACCUGUAAUUGGAUUUGAUAUGGGAGGGACUUCUACAGAUGUCAGCAGAUAUGAUGGCAGCUAUGAUCAUGUAUAUGAUACAACAAUUGCAGGUGUUAGUGUUCAAGCACCACAGCUUGAUAUCAAUACUGUGGCAGCUGGUGGGGGCUCAAUGUUGUUUUUCCGAUCUGGACUUCUGGUAGUGGGACCAGAAUCUGCUGGUGCACACCCUGGACCUGUUUGCUAUAGAAAAGGUGGUCCUUUAACUGUCACUGAUGCCAAUCUCUGCCUCGGUCGGCUUCAGCCAGAUUUCUUUCCUAAAAUAUUUGGUCCAACAGAAGAUUUGCCUCUUGACAAAGAAGCUACUAUUAAGGCUUUUGAAAAAAUAACUGACCAGAUCAAUGAAUUUAAUAAGAGCUUGGCAAGUAAUCAGCCUAAAGAAAAACUUUCUGUUGAAGAAGUUGCUCUAGGAUUUAUUGAGGUUGCUAAUGAGUCUAUGUGCCGCCCCAUUCGUGCCAUCACUCAAGGUAAAGGAUUUGAUACAUCUCAGCAUAUCUUGGCAUGUUUUGGGGGAGCUGGGAGCCAACAUGCAUGUGCCAUUGCUAAAAACCUAGGAAUAUCUACUAUUUUUAUUCAUAAAUAUGCUGGUAUUUUAUCAGCUUAUGGAAUGGCAUUGGCUGAUGUUGUAAGUGAAACUCAAGAGGCUUGUGCAAAAUCUUAUUGUGCAGAAAAUUUUGAAUAUUUUGAUUCAAAAAUUGAUGAGUUAUCAGCUAAAUGCAAGGAGAAAUUGAAUUCUCAAGGUUUUGAAGAUUCUGAAAUUCAAUUUGAAGUGUACUUAAAUAUGAGGUAUGAAAGAACUGAUUGCUCUCUUAUGUGUACUGCUUCUUCUGGUUCUUCAGAAAUCAGUUGUUCCCAUGGUGAUUUUAAGAAAUCCUUUAUUGAAAAAUACCAAAGGGAAUUUGGUUUUAGUAUUCCUGAUCGUUCUAUCAUAGUGGAUGAUAUUCGCAUUCGCUCAAUUGGCAACAGGAACUUGGAUUUCAAUAUUAAUGUUGAUGAUGCAACUGAUUUUCCACAGCACAAACAAGUUGUUCAGUGCUACUUUGAAGGAGGCUAUCAGGAUACAAAAAUUUAUAUGUUGUCAGAUCUGCUGCAUGGACAUGAGAUUCAUGGACCAGCAAUUAUUAUUGAUGAUACAUGCACCAUUGUUGUUGAACCUGAUUGCUUAGCUACUAUAACAAAAGAUGGCAGUGUUCUUAUUAGGAUUUUGAAAUCAGAUGUAAAGAAAGUAUCUACGGAUUUAGAUAUGAUUCAAUUAUCUAUAUUUUCUCAUCGCUUCAUGAGUAUUGCUGAACAAAUGGGAAAGGUUUUGCAGAGAACAUCUGUGUCCACUAACAUAAAAGAAAGACUUGAUUUCUCUUGUGCUCUCUUUGGACCAGAUGGUGGAUUAGUAUCAAAUGCUCCACACAUUCCUGUACAUUUGGGUGCAAUGCAAGAGGCUGUACAAUUUCAGUUGAAAUACUUGGGUGACAACAUACAUGAUGGAGAUGUCAUCUUGUCCAAUCAUCCUUGUGCUGGAGGAAGUCAUCUACCAGAUCUUACUGUUAUUACACCUGUUUUUUUUGAAGGUCAUUCCAAACCUGUAUUUUUUGUUGCAUGUCGAGGUCAUCAUGCUGAUAUUGGAGGCUUGACUCCAGGUUCUAUGCCACCACAUUCUACAACUUUGUUGCAAGAAGGAGCUACAUUUGUUUCAUUUAAGCUUGUUAAAGAUGGUAUCUUUCAGGAGGAAGAGCUUGUAGAGUUAUUGAAAGCACCUGGUAAUUUGCCUGGAUGUAGUGGCACAAGAAAUUUAAGUGACAAUUUAUCGGAUCUGCGAUCUCAAGUUGCUGCUAAUAAAAAAGGAAUUACAUUAGUACAAGAAAUUAUUUCACAAUAUGGUCUUGAGGUUGUUCAGUCAUACAUGAAAUAUAUUCAGGAAAAUGCUGAGCUUGCUGUCAGAGAUAUGUUGAGAGAAAUAGGCGAAUCCACUCUAGCAAAAACUGGAACUUCAGUUUUAGAGGCUUGUGAUUAUAUGGAUGAUGGAACCAAAAUAAAUUUGAAGAUAUCAAUUAAUGUUGAAGAAGGAAGUGCCGUUUUCGAUUUUGAUGGAACUGGGUAUGAAGUUUAUGGCAACUGCAAUGCCCCUAAAGCUGUUACCCUAUCUGCAAUCAUCUAUUGUUUGAGAUGUAUGGUUGGUCAUGAUGUUCCUUUAAACCAGGGUUGUUUAGCACCUGUGCAAAUAUUGAUACCUCCUGGAAGCAUUUUGUUCCCUUCAGAUACAGCUGCAGUUGUUGGAGGAAAUGUGUUGACUUCUCAGAGAGUUGUGGACGUUAUAUUCAAAGCAUUUAAAACUUGUGCUGCAUCUCAGGGAUGUAUGAAUAACAUCACAUUUGGUGAUGAACGUGUUGGAUAUUAUGAAACUGUUGCUGGAGGAGCGGGAGCUGGUCCCUAUUGGCAUGGCAGAAGUGGUGUUCACACUCACAUGACAAAUACAAGAAUUACUGAUCCUGAAAUUUUGGAAAGAAGAUAUCCAGUAAUUCUUGAGAAAUUCCACUUAAAUCCUGGAACAGGAGGAAAGGGCCAAUAUAAUGGAGGAGAUGGCAUUUUAAGAAAAAUGGUAUUUCGAAAAGACCUUAUGUUGUCAGUUCUAACUGAGAGAAGAGUUUUUGCUCCUUAUGGAUUAGAAGGAGGUGAAGAUGGCCAGAAAGGUUUGAAUCUGCUUGUUCGAAACGAUGGCCGUAUCAUCAAUCUUGGUGCUAAAAAUUCUGUCAGAGUUCGAGCAGGAGACGCUUUCCUGUUACAAACUCCAGGCGGUGGUGGCUAUGGGAAAAGUCCCGUUUAAAAGUGGUUGCUAAAACAGUGAUAAUUUAUUGCAGUAUUAAAAGACAUUUAAAUCUAUGAAUGAAUUUUAAAUAAUUAAUUUAUCAAUGAAUUAUUUUUGAUGCGAAAUAAACUGCUAUUUAUGAAUCUGAAA